AUGCCGUCAGGUCAGAGAGAAACAACUGUCUCCAUACCACUUACCCCAACGCGAUCAGAUUUGUACUGGAGAAGGAUAUUUAACAAGUACGACAGAGAUAAUGACGGUCGGAUCUCAUACGUAGAGUUAAAGGCGAUCAUAGAAUCCAGAGAAUAUGACCAUGAUUUACCAGACAACGUGGUCGAAAAGAUCAUGGCACUCGCCGAUAGGGAUAACUCGGGAUAUCUGGACUUCGCUGAGUUCGUCGCUAUGAUGAAGAAUCCAGAAUUAAAAGCUGUAUUCGGACAUUUCGUUGCCAGAUAUGUCCAUUCCAUCAUACCACAUCGAGACCCAGUUGAUACUAUUGACAGGUGGCCGGGGCAAGGAUUUCGUGCGGUCUCAACAACAGAUGGCGUCCAAAGGCAAAAAAGCAUAUUCACAUACACAGACGGUACAUACGAAGAGGAGUAUAGCUGCUGGCCACCGGCCAUAUGUAUGAUAUUGAUAUCAAUAGUCGAGAUAGUACUGUUCUGCUAUGACGCCGCUCAAGGGAAGACGGACGCGACGGGUCCCAUCGCCCAGAUAUUCAUAUACAACCCCCACAAGAGACAGGAGGCUUGGCGGUUCUUGACCUAUAUGCUGGUCCAUGUUGGUGUAGUCCACCUUCUAGUUAACUUGUUGGUUCAAUUGUUCCUGGGAGUCCCAUUGGAGAUGGUUCACCGCUGGUGGCGCGUGGUGCUGGUGUAUCUGGCAGGAGUCGCUGCUGGAUCACUAGCGACCAGCCUCACAGAUCCUAAAGUAUAUCUAGCUGGUGCAUCCGGAGGGGUGUAUGCUCUUAUCGCAGCUCAUAUUGCGACCAUUAUUAUGAACUGGUCGGAGAUGGAGUUUGCGAUAAUACAGCUCUUGGUGUUCUUACUUCUGGCAACUGUUGACAUCGGGACGGCUGUGUACGAUCGUUAUUGGAGACACUUGCAGCAAAACAUCGGAUAUGUCGCUCAUUUAGCAGGCGCCGUGGCAGGUCUUCUGGUUGGUAUCGGCGUACUUCGUAAUCUUGAAAAGAGGACUUGGGAGAAACGUCUGUGGUGGGCGGCUGUGGUGCUGUACUUCUCGCUCAUGAUAGCGGGGAUAUUAGCCAACGUGUUCUGGAAAUCACAUUUCCAAUAA